AUGUGCCCCACGGUGGAGAACUGCACCCGAGUCACCUGGUUCCUCCUCCUGGGGCUCACGGAGCAGGCAGAGCUCAAGGGCAUCCUCUUUGGGUUCUUCCUUUUCAUCUAUUCAGUCACCCUCACAAGCAAUCUGGCCAUGAUCACCCUGAUCCAUGCAGACCUGCAGCUCCACACGCCCAUGUACUUCUUCCUGAGUGUCCUCUCCUUUAUAGACUGCUCCUUCUCCACCGUGAACACCCCUAGGCUGCUGGAGAGCUUCCUCACCUCAAGCCAGUCCAUCUCCUUUGCAGGCUGUGUGGUCCAGAUGGCCCUCAUGACUCUCCAUGGCACUGCCGAAUGUCUGCUCCUGGCCAUCAUGGCGUAUGACCGAUUCGCUGCCAUCUGCCACCCUCUCCUCUACCACACCAUCAUGUCCCAACGUCUGUGUGUCCAGCUGGUGGCAGCCACCUACAUGGCUUCUGUUGCCAGUUCAGCUUUGCUGACUGGGUACAUCUUUAAGCUGCCCUACUGUGGCCCCAACAUCAUUAACCACUAUUUCUGUGACAUCUUCCCUGUGCUCCAACUUGCGGUUUCCUAUGCCUAUGUCCUGGUGACUGUGUCCAGGAUGCGUUCCCCUGAGGCUCAGAGCAAAGCGCUCUCCACCUGUGCCUCCCACCUCACUGCCAUCUGCCUCUUCUAUGGCACCGUCACCUUUACGUAUGCCCAGCCAAGCAUGCGCGGUUCCACGGAAGAGAACAAGGUGGUGUCUGUCUUCUACACUGUGGUCAUCCCCAUGCUGAACCCUCUGAUCUACAGCCUGAGGAAUAAAGAUGUGAAGGCUGCGCUAAAGAGGAGAGGCUUUGGCAUGCUGCCUUCCUAACCAAGCGCAGAACAUUCUACCCCAAGCCAUAACAUAGUUGACACAACAUAAAGCAUGGAUAACAUGAACCCUUGGAUAGAGGGAAAUAACGUGACUGCACUAUUUUAAAUCCCUUACGCAUAACAACUCAUGUAGUCUUUGUGACAACCAAAAUGAAUACUAUUAUUAUACCUUAGGAGUCUGAGGCACCAAGAGACUGAGU